AUGAUCGGCCCAAUCCAGAUGCAGCAUUUUCUAGAGCCCAUUGGCUCAAGAGCUGUUAAUCUUUUCAUGUUUGCGUUUUCUGGCGGCGUCUACCUGGACUACCUGCCAGCUAUGUACGGCUAUCAAGCGAAACCCGGCUGCUUGCACAUGAGUCUCGAAGCUGCAGCCCUGGCUUAUAUGGCAAAUGAACACCACCGAAAAGAUCUGCGGGAGAUGGCACUACAAAGCUACGGCGCUGCAUUAUCACAAACGAAUCACGCAUUACAAGAUCUCAAACCGACCAUGAAACUAGAGACAGCGACGUCCGUACUCCUUCUAGCUCUAUUCGCAGUGAUAUCGCCUCAAAAUUCGAAUGAGCCACAAAAUAUUUGGUCAGAGCAUGUGCGUGGAGCCCUGGCGAUACUGGGUUCUUGUGGCCCCGAAAUGUUCAACAGUCUAUCUUCCCAGGGCAUUCUCCACCAUGUCAUUUCAACUGUCCAAAUUGAUUGCCUGGAUCGUCGUGUUAAGAUGCCUCCUCAACUCAAAGCUUUAUAUGCUUUGUCAUGGCUGAAUCCUGGACCUCAAGUACAACUUUGGUCUCUGGUAGACCGCCUUGCUGAACUCACUGCAUCAAUUGAAAGAACACCUACAUGUCUAUCAGACAUCGAAAAAAUACGCGAUCUCGACUUGAGCUUUGAAGAGUUAAUGAAAUCCAUGCCAGAAGCCUACAGCAAUUGCUUUGAAUUCGAGGAAUGCCCAACAACCGCUACUCACUUAUCGGAAGGAGAGAAUAUUGAGCGAAUCCCAGUUCUCAAGUUUGCUAGCCACAGAAUGGCCCAGAGAUGGAAUACGCUACGGCUACUACGCUUACGCAGCAUAGAUCUCCUCACAUCCGCAACGUCUGCUUAUCUGUCCUCCGUCCCAGCGGGGACUCAUUUGGAUGGGGAUCUCGAAUUAUGCCUCCAUAAUGCAUCUGAGACAGCGAAACAAAUUACUAUAGAGAUUUGCGCAACGGUACCGGAACAUCUCAGACCUGAUCAGUUUAGAAGAUGCGAUAUUAUGGGCGUGGCAGAAUCUGCCUGGGCGCGAUCGCUUGGAUGGCCACUAAGCAUGGCAAAGGCUACUCCACAUAACUCAGAGGCCCUAAAAAACUAUAUCGAGAGACAAAUUCGAGUAAUUGCGGGAAUUUCGAGUAUACACAACCUAGAUAUUCAAAGGGGCUCACAGGCUGGCUCGCCUUUUAUGGAUGGGUAA